UGCGCAUUUCGUGCAAAUUAACAUAAAUAUAUAUUUUUGGUUGCGUUUUUUACUUAUAAUUCCACAUUAAAUAAUAGGUUACAAUAAUUAACUAACGAUAUUGCUUUGAUUCCAUUAACAUUGACUCUAGGAUUUCGUACACAUUGGUUGGUGGGACGAAGAAAAUUAUCGAACAGGCGUUGGUUCUGAAUAGAUUUUUUCUAUCGAUUCUGUAUUUCAAGGUUAGAUUUACACAUUUUUUCAAAUAAACUUUGUUUAUUUUCUUUCCUCCUAUUCACUACUAAUUUCAUGUUAUUUCUAAUUUACAAUUAUUUUCCGUGGAUACUAUAAUUCUUGUUUCUAUUUUUCAGUUGUGCAGAUGAUACCAGGCGAUUGUUUCGGUGAUGACUCUGACACGAGGUGGAUGGCUUGAUCAGAUGUGAGGAGUUCGGUGUGCAGGAGCGGCGAUAUAUUGAAGGGUAACGGCACUGGUUGAUCUUCGGCUACAUAGCAUUGGAAUGUUGUUUCAUUGGCAUAGGUGUCACUUCCUUCUCUGGACAAGAAAUCAGCAGUUUGAUUUCGUUUACCUGGCAGGCAAGUCGGGUGAACCUGAGAUUUCGGCCGUUGAAGAGGAAGGACAGGUAAUCUCGAGAUUCUUCUGCCACUUGUACCUGCCAGUAUCCGGCGCUGAGGUCGACGGUGGAGUAUAUGGUCUUGCCAUGGAACGUCUGCAACACCUGAUCGAUCUGGGCGGGAGCUUCACGGUCGUCGUCGAGAAUCAUGUUCAGCUGGCGGGCGUCGAGACAGAGUCGGGUGGAGCCGUCCUUCUUCGAAACGCAGGUAAUACCAGGAAGGAGUAUGGGAAGCACUUUCCUUCGACUUGGAUCUCCAGGAGGCAUUGUUUAGAUAUUCGGAGACGACGUCCUGGUGUGACACCUGAUAGGAUGAGGGUCCAGUCAACGGCGGGAGUGGGUGCAUGGUUAUCGGUUAGCCGCUGGUUUUUUAUCCGAGCAACGGUGCGAGAAAUGGGAGUUCCUGUUUCUGAGACGUCAUCGACUGAGUGCUCUUCUGAUGUUUCAUCCUCCGGCUCUUGGGCUACCAACGUAUCCUCCACCAGAAUGCAGCUCUCCUCCACCUGCGUCGAAGAUAAAUCAUCCAGUACAUUGGGAUGGAAAUCGGCGGAUGCGGCGGCAGAUGCGGAUGGCGGCGAACAAUCGGGUGAGAUGUCUUCGGUGUCCGACAGACUUGGAUUGACCUGGUCGUUUCCUGCCAUAGUUUGCGGAAAAAUAGCGCAACGAAAGUGUGCAGUGAAUAAACGUGAAAGUGUUGUGAUAUACAAAAUAAUUAAUAAGAAAUCCAAUAGAAAUUGUGAUAGCUUCGUAGUGAGUGAAAUACAGAAAAAGUGGUUUAGCAAUGUGUUCAGUGAUAAAAUGAGUCAAGUUAGCAAUAUCGUUAACAUAAAAAUGACAAGAACAUACAGGAUACACAGUGAACACUUAUGCGGUAAUACAGGUACGCCUCUUAUAAUUUAUUAUUAUAUUAUUAUAAAUAUUUUAUUCUUAUAAUUUCUUGCCGCAAUUCUAUAUAUAGGCUAGUGUUCUUUGCGAAAUUUUAUAUAAAAGCAGUGAUACUCUGCUUGAAUUAUUCCGCAAUAUAUCCGUGAUUUAAUUUUACUUCCCUCUUUAUGCUUUAAAAACUUUUAAAAAUGUAAAUAACUUCAAUCCUCUUUUCUGUAAAUUUUUAUAAAUUGUUUCAAUAUAGACCUAAUAUUCUUCAAA